AUGGAGGCGAUGGCGGCCAGCACCUCCCUGCCCGACCCCGGCGACUUCGACCGGAACGUGCCUCGGAUCUGCGGGGUGUGCGGAGACCGGGCCACGGGCUUUCACUUCAACGCUAUGACCUGUGAAGGCUGCAAAGGCUUCUUCAGACGCAGCAUGAAGCGGAAGGCGCUGUUCACCUGUCCCUUCAACGGGGACUGCCGCAUCACCAAGGACAACCGCCGCCACUGCCAGGCCUGCCGGCUCAAGCGCUGCGUGGACAUCGGCAUGAUGAAGGAGUUCAUCCUGACGGAUGAGGAGGUGCAGCGGAAGCGGGAGAUGAUUCUGAAGAGGAAAGAGGAGGAGGCCCUGAAGGACAGCCUGCGGCCCAAGCUGUCGGAGGAGCAGCAGCGCAUCAUCAGCAUCCUGCUGGAUGCCCACCACCAGACCUACGACCCCACCUACACCGACUUCAGCCAGUUCCGGCCUCCGGUUCGAGAACCUGAGGAUAGGAGCAGCAAUCUGUCAGGGCCACCCUUGAGACACAUGCCCAGCUUCUCUGGGGACUCAUCCUCCUCCUGCUCAGAUCAGUACACCUGCUCCCCAGACCUGAUGGAGCAGGCCAACUUCUCCAACCUGGAUCUGAGGGAAGAAAACUCAGAUAACUCUUCUGUGACCAUAGACCUGUCCCAGCUCUCUAUGCUGCCCCACCUGGCUGACCUGGUCAGUUACAGCAUCCAAAAGGUCAUUGGCUUUGCCAAGAUGAUCCCAGGAUUCAGAGAUCUGACUGCUGAGGACCAGAUUGUGCUGCUGAAGUCAAGUGCCAUCGAAGUCAUCAUGUUACGCUCCAAUCAGUCCUUCACCAUGGACGACAUGUCCUGGACCUGUGGGAACGAGGACUACAAGUACCGCAUCAGUGAUGUGGCCAAAGCUGGACACAGCCUGGAACUGAUUGAGCCGCUCAUCAAGUUCCAGGUCGGUUUAAAGAAACUGAACUUGCAUGAGGAAGAGCAUGUCCUGCUCAUGGCCAUCUGCAUCGUCUCCCCAGACCGUCCCGGAGUGCAGGAUGCUGCGCUGAUCGAGGCUAUCCAGGACCGCCUGUCCAACACCCUGCAGACUUACAUCCGCUGCCGCCACCCACCCCCAGGCAGCCACCAGCUCUACGCCAAGAUGAUCCAGAAGCUGGCUGACCUGCGUAGCCUCAACGAGGAGCACUCCAAGCAGUACCGCAGCCUCUCCUUCCAGCCCGAGUGCAGCAUGAAGCUCACGCCUCUGGUGCUGGAGGUGUUUGGCAAUGAGAUCUCUUGA